GUUGUUGUUGUGAUGGAUUACUGAUGAUUUCGGGUUUAAUCAUGGAACAAAGAAGACGCAAGCCACAAAAGGCGUGUGGAUAUUUGGUCGGCUGCGCGGUUGCUGUGCUUUUGUGGAAUGUGGUCUCUGCACAAAUACGAUAUUCAAUCUCUGAGGAAGUGAACGAAGGAACUGUGGUUGGAAAUAUCGCUAAAGACCUGGGAUUAGAUAAAAGCACACUGAGAGACAGGAAGUAUCGGAUUGUUUCCAGCGGUGCGGAUCCUCUUUUCCAUGUAAAUCAGAACGACGGCGUCCUGUAUGUGAGCCGGAAGAUUGACCGAGAAGAGGUGUGCGCGCAGAGCAGUACGUGUUUAAUAAAUCUAAAAACCGUGCUAGAAAACCCACUGGAGGUGCACUAUGUUGAAGUGGAGGUGCUGGAUAUAAAUGAUCAUUCUCCAAGUUUCCCGGAGAAAGAUAAAAGGCUGGAGAUUUCAGAGUCCGUGUUACCCGGAGCACGAUUUCAGCUAAAACCUUCACGGGAUCUAGACAGUGGUCAUUUUUCUGUGCAGCAAUAUAAACUUAGCGAUAACGAUCACUUCCGUUUGGAGGUUAAGGAUAAAAGAGGCGACGGCAAAAUUCCCGUUUUAGUAAUUCGAAAAUCUCUGGACAGGGAAACUGCAGCAAGCCACUCAUUAGUGCUGACGGCGCUGGAUGGAGGGAAACCUCCGAAAUCUGGCGACAUGAAUAUUCUAGUUAAUGUUUUGGAUAUUAAUGAUAAAGCUCCCGUUUUUACUCAAGAUGUUUAUUCUGUGAUGCUCGAUGAAAACGCUGCAGUAGGCACAACUGUCGUACAAGUAAAUGCAACUGAUUUAGAUGAAGGACCAAACGGAGAUGUAAUUUAUUCAUUCAGCAACAGUAUGAAUCAAAACAUAUUAAAUCUAUUUGAUAUAAACCCAUUAACAGGUGAGAUAACUGUGAAAGGUUUAAUAGACUAUGAAGAGAAGGACAACUAUGAAAUUGAAAUUGAGGCAUCAGAUAAAGGCCUCGCUCCUUUAACAACAGAGAAAAGUGUCAUUAUCAAGAUAGUUGAUGUGAAUGACAAUGCACCUGAGAUUGAGGUCACCUCAUUUUCCAACUCCAUCCCUGAAGAUUCCAGACCUGGAACUACAGUUGCCCUUAUCAGUGUAAAUGACUUGGAUUCUGGACUUAAUGGAAAAGUUAUUUGCGCUGUAAAUGAGGAUGUUCCGUUUACUUUAUCUCCAUCCUUAAAAGACAAAAUGUAUUCAUUAGUAACCAAGUCCCCUCUGGACAGAGAGAAACAGUCACACUAUGACCUGACAAUUACUGCAAAAGAUGCUGGUCAACCUCCUUUAUCCUCUGAAAAGACAAUAAGCGUUGUGGUGUCAGAUGUGAAUGACAAUAGUCCAGAGUUUUCACUGAGCCCCUACACUUUCUAUGUCACUGAGGGAAACAAUCCGGGAGCCUCUGUGUUUUUGGUUAAAGCUUUUGAUCGUGAUGAGAAUGAGAAUGCACACAUUUCCUAUCAUAUUCUCAGAGAUGGAAGUGAGGACAAUAAACUGACGUCAUUUCUAAACAUCAACUCUGAAACUGGAGACAUUAUGGCACUAAAAAGUUUUGACUUUGAAACACUGAAAACUUUCCAGUUCCACGUUGUUGCGUCAGAUUCUGGAACUCCGUCACUGAGCAGCAACGUCACAGUCAACGUGUUCAUUCUGGAUCAGAACGACAACGCUCCAGUCAUCCUCUAUCCACUCAGCUCUAACGGUUCUGCUGAAGGUGUGGAGGAGAUUCCCCGCAAUGUCAACGCAGGACACUUGGUGACUAAAGUCAGAGCCUAUGACGCUGAUAUAGGAUAUAACGGCUGGUUACUCUUUUCACUGCAGGAAGUUACUGACCACAGUCUCUUUGCUUUGGACCGCUACACAGGACAGAUAAGAACACUUCGCUCAUUCACAGAGACAGACGAGGCUGAGCACAAACUGCUCGUGCUGGUCAAAGACAAUGGCAACGUCUCACUCUCAGCAACAGCUACUGUCAUUGUCAAAGUUGUGGAGCCCAAAGAGGCUUUUGCAGCUUCUGAUAUUAAAACUUCAGCAAAAGCAGAUGAAGAUGAUAACGUGACUUUUUACCUGAUGAUAACUUUGGGCUCAGUGUCUGUGCUUUUUCUCAUCAGUAUCAUUGUGCUGAUUGCAAUGCAGUGCUCAAAGUCCACUGACUAUACUUCUAAAUAUCUACAAGAGACUAAUUAUGAUGGGACACUGUGUCACAGCAUCCAGUACAGAUCUGGUGACAAACGCUACAUGUUAGUUGGACCCAGAAUGAGUAUAGGAUCUACUAUAGUCCCGGGCAGCCACGCGAAUACACUAGUGCUUCCUGACAGGAGAAGAACAUCUGAGGAGGUAAGGAAUGUUAAAUCAGUUACCACUAACUGA